CCCUCUUCCAUCACGGAACAGGUCCGGGCACCGCUCGGAUCACGGGAUCGGGAGUCACGAACUUUUGCAGGAUUAGCCCUCGCUCCGCCUUUGCGCCUUGCAGCCAAUGGAAGCGCAACAGGGGCCGGGCUUCUGCAAGCCGGUGCACAUUUAGAGCAAACCCCCCCAGGCCCGAAACGAACAAGAUCAGGGGCGAUCCGAGAAGGGUGUUCUGUCCUCGGUGCCGACAAGAGAGGUUUCACCAUGAAGUUCUAUCUAUGCGUUUUGGCCCUAAGUUUGGAGGCAUGCUUUGCCGCCCCAGGCCUGGACCCUGCUUUGGAUGGUCACUGGGGCAUGUGGAAAUCGUGGCAUAACAAGAAGUACCAUGAGAAGGAGGAAGGCUGGAGAAGAAUGAUCUGGGAGAAAAACCUGAAGAUGAUUGAAUUGCACAACCUGGACCACAGCCUGGGCAAGCACAGCUACAGACUGGGAAUGAAUCAUUUUGGAGACAUGACUAAUGAAGAAUUUAGGCAAGUCAUGAAUGGAUUUAAACGCUCCAAAACGGAAAGGAAGUUUUCAGGAUCACAGUUCCUCGAACCAAAUUUCUUGGAGGCACCAAGAUCUGUUGACUGGAGAGAUAGAGGAUAUGUCACACCAGUGAAGGAUCAAGGUCAGUGUGGCUCUUGCUGGGCAUUCAGUACCACCGGAGCCCUGGAAGGACAGCACUUUCGCAAAACUGGCAAGCUGGUCUCCCUGAGUGAACAAAACCUUGUGGAUUGCUCUCGGCCCGAAGGGAACCAGGGCUGCAAUGGGGGCCUUAUGGACCAGGCUUUCCAGUACAUAAAGGACAAUGGCGGCAUUGACUCUGAGGACUCCUACCCCUACAUUGGAAAGGAUGACGAAGAUUGCUUGUACAAGUCUGAAUACAACUCUGCUAACGACACCGGCUUUGUGGACAUCCCUGAAGGGCGGGAAAGGGCCCUCAUGAAGGCCGUCGCUGCAGUAGGGCCAGUCUCUGUGGCGAUCGAUGCAGGUCACACCUCCUUCCAGUUUUAUGAGUCAGGUAUUUAUUAUGAGCCGCAGUGUAGCAGUGAAGAGCUGGAUCAUGGCGUUCUUGUCGUUGGCUAUGGCUUUGAGGGUGCAGAUGAAGAUGGCAAGAAAUACUGGAUUGUGAAAAACAGCUGGAGCGAGAAGUGGGGCCAGAAAGGCUAUAUCUACAUGGCUAAAGAUCGGAAAAACCACUGUGGAAUCGCUACUGCGGCUAGCUUCCCCCUAGUAUAAUUUUGCAGAAAAAGGAGCCACUGGAACAGCCACAGCCGUUAACUUGAGGAAAUAUGAACCACUGGAAUAAGCUUUCCAGCUUGUUGGUCCCCAGACAUCUUCUGAGGCCACCAAGCAUUCCAGCUGCAGAAAGACUUUAAACUGACUAGUAUCUGUUUCUUCCAAGAUUUUUUUUU